ACAAGAGAAGUUACAAAGUGCUAGCUAGCUAUAUAUAUAUAUAGCUGUUCAUGGAGCUCAAGACUUUUGUUUUCAAGGAGCUGAUGAGAGGCGCAGCUGACAAGAUGAAGUUGGGCGACGAACCGGCCGCCGGGCCAUUUCUGUCACUUAGCCUCGGGCCGGCGAACGCGAUCGGCGCAAGUCUCCGCACGAGAGGAGGGGAGGCGAUCAAUGCAUCGCAGGCGCCACCGCACGCCGCCAGCAACGCCGACGACGGGAUCGGUUUGGCCCUCGGGUUGCGCUGCGACAGCGAUGGCGGCGGCGAGCCGGUCCUCGCCGCCGUCGUCGGCUCUGCUGCUGGCACCAAGCGGCAGAGGGUGGCAAUACUAAGCGACGACAGCGGCGGCAAUAGAGGAAGCAAUAAGGCGCUGCGACUGCCGGCGCUGCUGGCACCACCGCAGCAGCAGAGGCCGGCGGGCCGCGUCACCUUCAGGGCGCGGUGCAGCGCGGCCACGGUGAACGACGGGUGCCAGUGGCGGAAGUACGGCCAGAAGGUGGCCAAGGGCAACCCGUGCCCGCGCGCCUACUACCGCUGCACGGGCGCGCCCGACUGCCCCGUCAGGAAGAAGGUGCAGCGGUGCGCGCACGACGCGGCCGUGCUGGUCACCACGUACGACGGCGCCCACAACCACCCGCUCUCGCCCUACGCCGCCGCCAUGGCAUCCGCCAUGCUCGCCUCGUCGUCGUCCUCCUCAUCAUCUGCUACCGCCGCCAGCUGCGACGACGACGCGCCGCGGCUGGCCUUCCCCAUCUCCGUGCUGCCACCGGCGCCGCAACGCUAUUCGUGCAGCCGCGACGUGGCCAUAGGCGCCGGUCCGCCGCCGGCUGCGCCUGCGGCGACGAGUCACGGCGACCUCGUCCCGAUGGCUAACAUCAUGCAGAAGGCGGUCGGGGACCCCAACUUCCGCGCGGCGGUGAUGGCCGCCGUCGCCAGCUACGUCGGUGAGCAGUGCGGUGGAAGAAAUAUCUCGACGACAUCUUCACCUUGCCACCUCCCUGCUAAUAACUGAUGCAUGGGCUCACAGAUACUGCGUGAGGAUAGGGAACAAAAAAAUUGACUUGUACAUUUAUCCCAUUCGAUUUAAUUUGUUCUUUGAUUACCAGUAACCUACUUCAGGUUGUAACAACAUUAUUUUCAUUUGCAGUUCUGAAUUUGUCUUGUAAUUAAUAACAAUUAC